AUACCACCAGUCUUCAAUCUUUAGUUGAAAAGAUUGAACACAAAAAAAAUAAAAAAUAAAAAUUUUCUUGGAAAACACAGUUCGUCAUUAUUUUUUAGUCGUUCCUUUGAAAAUUGUUGUUUUAUAGAUGCCUUUAUAUAGGGUUGUGACGGUUUCUACGCUGGUUGCUCAAUGCCACCGGUCCAGCUCACUUUUGUUGAGUAGAACCCAUCAGUCCCUCAGUUGCAGAUUUAUCACUCUAGAAAAUCCAAAACAUGCCAACCAAUUUAAAAAUGAGAAACUCCGAACAUACAUUGUCCAACGAUACAUCCAAUAUGUCAAAGGUUACACUAAAGUGCUGGAAAACAGGUUCCCGAGAGCCAUGCAAAUGUACAGGGUAUUCAGCGUUGGCAUUAAGGAUUUCCUGAAAGAUUUGAAGACAUAUAUUGGUUUACGAAUAAAAGUGGCCAGAGAGCAGGGCUUCAGCAAUAUGAGUCGGAAGGAUAUUGAGCUCUACCAAAAAAUGCCUUCGGACAUGCUGCGGAUAGCACCAGUGUUGAUAUUGUCCGCCAUACCCUUUGGGAACUAUGUUAUAUUUCCUUUAGCCUUCCUCAAACCACGGACACUUCUCUGCUCACACUUCUGGUCGAUACAGCAGCGCUCAGAAUUCACAACACUAGAGCUGACCGAACGACUCCGAAACAACAAGCCUGUAUUCAGAGCACUGCAGGCAAAAUUGGACUCUAUCGCUGACAGCGAUUUGAAGGAUAAAUGGGCGAGAGUUAUUGGGCUGUUAGGGUCCGGAGUCCAUCCGUCGGUGCUGGAGAUACUGGCUUGUAAGCAACUGUUUGCAAAGGAGCCUUAUAGUCUGAAUCAUUUGACCUAUACACACACAGGCCACCUUCUAAGAAUGUACGGCAUAAGACGCGGUAUAUUCCGGGUCUCCAAACUCAAGCACAAAGCAUUCAUGCUGCUCCAGUUAGACCGAGCGAUCCUCCGCGAAGGAGGCGUCAACGAGCUAUCAACCGAGUCCUUAAGAUACGCCUGCCACUUGCGGGGCCUUAACAGCAGCCAUUUGACCAACAAAGACAUGAGGAAGUGGCUAGAGAAGUGGCUGUCGAUAUCGCAACAUGUCGAUAAAAGUACUUAUUCGCUGCUGCUGCACAGUCCUAUAUUUUUAGCCUAUAACCAUCCACAGAAUUGGAUGUUGAUAUACUAGUGGUCUUAGCUUCGUAGCCGGGCUACCUGCCAGUAUUCUUUAAUCUCGCGAGCCACGGCUAACUCAAUACAGGGCCGCCCCACAUUUAGCGUCUUUCAAGAGUCGGCGUCUACAACUAUAUGCCCGCUGCUCGAAGCAACGUCGACGCAACUGCGCAGCGACGUCAUUUUCCAUAGCGCUGACCAGACGCCGAUGCUCGAAAGUGUAGCAUACAUAACUAGUGAUCACAUUGGGGCAUGUUUACACAUGGCUUAAUGGUGUUUAUUGUGAUCAUAAAUUUGCUACACGAGUUACAUUCUGCAAGAUGUAAACAUGCCCCAAUGUCAACACUUGCUAUAUUAUGCAAUACUUAUUUAGAUUAUUCAGAAUUUAUGAGACUAAAGUGACGUUUUCUGAAGUUUAUUUAAUGAGAAUAUAAUAGUAUUAUAAAGUUGAUUUUCAUUAGUUUUCACACAAAUGUUAGUUUAAAUUGCCCAGUUUUAUGUUUGAAUGUAUAUUUGUAAACAAUUACAUUUUUUAUUAAACUAGGCAUGAGCCUAUAAUAUCCGUAUAUCGAUAAAGGGUUGCUCUGUAAAAGCGCCCACUGAUUAACAGUCCGCCGGACGGUAUCGGCCUGCCAGUUGUUUGGAACUGUCAAAAUUUUGUUCUAACUGACAGGCCGAUACCGUCCGGCGGACUGUUAAUCAGUGGGCCACUUAAGUUUAGUUAUAUAUAGUAUUUAUACAUGGUAUAAUAAUAUACUCCGCCUGGUACUCUCUUCCCGUCUUUUCGUGGUCACGUGACUGACACAAGCCUACGUCAUCAUGCGACAGCGCUAUAUGAUAAUAUGCGAUAGCGCUAUAUACACGGUGUAACAUGACGAAACCAAAUAAUUUUAACAGCGUAUUCCUGAUCAUAUUUAGAGACAAAAAUGUCCUAUAAACUUUUUUGAAAUUCGACUAGUUUCAGAGAUAAUAUUAUUUUUUUAAAAAUCAAGUUUUUAUUUUUACAUAGUGUAAAAGGCCUUUUUGAGGGUGAUGUUGCUGCUAUGGGACGUAGUCUAAAUAUCCUUAUUUAUAGAUGUCAAAAAGUGACAAGUAACACUUUACAAAAAAAUCAAUUUUAAGUGACAAGUUGACCAAUAACAUUUAUUUUUUAUGUACAAAUACAUUCAAGAAAUGUAAAAAACAAAACAAAAUCAUUUUUUUUUGGCGGAAUUGACCUAAACUCAUAUUACAUUUUUUCCUUCCUUUGACCUCAGAAAUGCGUGGUUAAAGUUAUUCGGUUUCCUCAUGUUACACCGUGUACAGUGGCCAUGUUAUUGUGACGUAGGCUUGUGUCACUCUGGGAAGAGAAGACCAUGUUUUAUUAGACCAUGGUAUUUUAUACAGGGUAAUAUUUGGACCAUUAGCCAUAUUGUGCGAGGUGAUUAGGUAGGUAGUAGUAAUCACUUUAUUGUAGUAGUAAUCACUUUAUUGUACACAGCACAGGUUUACAACAAUAAUUACAGUAAUGGAAGUACAAAGGCGAACUUAUCCCUAUAAGGGAUCUCUUCCAGCUAACCUUCGAUUAGAUAAGAGGAAAACUCCAGUCAGGUCAGAUAGACAAACUUACGGGAUGUACAGUAAUAUUUAGACAAAGUAAACUAAUGUAUUGUCAACUCAUAAAAUACAUAAAUAAUAUUAUCGAAUAAAAUACAUACUAGCAUACAUACAAUACAACACAAUAUAUAUAUAUAUAUAUAUAUAUAUACAAGUUUAAAGUAGAAAUAAAGGUUAGUACUUAACCAGAUCACGCUGAUUGGAAAGCCAAAGCUUCUUCAGAUUAGCCUUGAGUGACGCCACAGACUGGGACCGCUUGAGCGACAGGGGCAACUCGUUCCAAAACUUCACAGCGCGCACCGUAAAAGAAUUUGCAUAUGUUCGCGUCUUAUUAGGCGGAAUAGUAAGCGUGAGAUUACAGCUAGAUCGUAAACGGUAGGCCAUACUGAACAACUUUUUCUACGGGACCAACUCCGAAAUCACAAAAAAUUUUUUGGCCGUCAUACAUUUUGGUCGAGUGGAUGUCGACGUUUUCUAUGGGAAGGCCAAUUUUUUUUGGGAUAUCGGGGUUGGUCCCAUAGUAAAAGUUGUUCAGUAUGACCUACCUAAUCACCUCGCGCAAUAUGGCUAAUGGUCCAAAAAGAACCCUAUAUUGUGAUUUGCAAUAACUAAUUUAUUUGUUGGUUCGAAACCACUAACCACUCUAAAGAGUUGCUGUUAUUGAAAUAAAUAUGUUAAAUUCA